AUGAUCCAAUUGCAACGAGAUCUAGUGGCGGAUUGUGUGCAGUUUUUAAAAACUAUAAGAAGAUAUCUGCGCGAGUGUGAUGAAUCGCGCAGGGAAGAUGUCCCGGUAUCGGUCCCCACCAUCGAGCAGGAAGAUGGCCAAACGUAUUUAAAUGUUUCACAGCACAACCACGCACCGAAAGGUGAUCGAGAUGUGUUAAUCGCACAAUGUGACACACUGCUUGAGAGAUUUGGAAAAUCUGCAAGUUUGAUCGGUUUGUGGAAGGAAGACGAUGGUAGCAACCCAGUAGAACCGCAACAAGAGCCGGAGGAUGAUGAGGAAAACUCGUACCUAGAUAUGAGCGGAACGAACACACUUAAGCCAAACACCAACAGCUCGUCUAAUGUGAGUUUCGGAGAUGCGAAAGAGGAAUGUUCCAUACAAGAUCGGGAUGAAUCAACCAAAGAUGAGCUACUGUUUGACACAACUCGAGAAGAAAACUCGUACGAUCUCACUACGGAUCAGAUUCUGUACGAUGAGUGCCAGCAGGAGGUCAGCUACGAGCAGGAACAAGCGCCAGCCACUGCCGUACGGUCUCCUACGCCGGAAACGGCUCUACACGAAAGUCAAUGCCCUUUCGGUGGAUUGCCUGCGUCUCAUCUGCGUUUGCAGCAGUCACCCAAGCACGGAACGCUGUUCAAACUGGAGAAGCGUCUGUUUUUCGAUCAGUUUAAGAAGUAUUACGUGGGUUUGAUUGGAAAGUGGCUGCUGGUGUACAACAGCCACAACGAUCUCAAGCCCUGGCACACGAUCUUCAUCAAGAGCAUCAAGCUGGAUCUGAAUUUGAACGAGCAGAUCAACGAAAAGCACCUGUUCCAGAUCAUUACGCACACCGACUCGAAGGUACACUUCCUUUCGCCCAGCUUCCAAGACCUGAACGAAUGGAUCGUGGCGAUCGAGAACAAUCUGAUCGAAAAGGUCGAUCGUACCGAAGAGUGCGGUGUGGUGGUGCUGCAAGUUCCCCGCAAACUUCCGUUGCCUCCCUGUCCGCAAGGGCCCACCGAUAGUGAUGAAACCGAUUUGCAUGUCACGAGCCACGCGGAGGAUGGAAUAUACGAGGAACCGUCGCUGUGUCUGAAGCCGGAAUCAGACUCAAAGUCGAAGCUGCACGGAUACGACACCCCGAAACCAUGCUGUACUGGUAACAAUAGUCCGAACGCUGCUUGUAAUGCAUCACCAAAUAACAAGAAGCCUGAGCUGCCAGCAAAAUCCUUGGACGCUGGUGGCCUAUCUACUCCCACCCCCGUGAAGAGUUGGCUAAAGAAUCGCUUCAAUCGAUCUCCACCAGAUCCACCAGCCGAUGCGAAACUGUCUAAGAAAGCACUCAAGAAGCUUUCCUUCGAGGAACUCUCAGUGGCGGAAGGUGCGAGUGAACCGAAAACGCCCACCAAACAAAUGCCAGUGCCCUCUUCGCCUAAAUUUUCUCUCGCCACAACUCCCGCUAGCAAGGGCACAAAAAUUAACAUGAUCAUUAGUCAGCUGGAAGCGAACGGACAGCUAAACUUGCUUUCGAAAAGGUUAACGGAUACGAAUAAACGGUACACGUGGGUAGCAGAUGGCGUUACUAGCUGA